GUCCAGCUAAAUCGCAGUUGCGCCCCAAACGGACGCGUCCCCCAGUUGUCCACCCGGUCCCUCGGAUUCCGGUCUCUCCGAGGUCUCGGAUCCUGAAAGGAUGGUCGCUCCAGCGGGAGGAUCGGAACACGGGGAUGCCGGAUCCCAGGCGCUUGCUGCUCUAUAUCCGAGAGGAUCAGACUGUGGAUUUGGACGGCGCCCUGAACGAAGCACGAAAAGUGGCAAAGUUUAGUGGGGAUCUUUGGGAGCGUCUCAAUGGACAGGGACAUGGCCGUUCCAAAGACGCUUCACGAGGAGAAUCUCAGAAAACUCGAGAAAAGCGAGAAGCCAUGGAGCUGGCUAGAGGGCAACUGCAGAAAGCCGAGGAAAAGCGAAAAGCUUUCGUCGCACAGGCAGCCGGCGAGUUGAACCAGGCUCCAGAUGAGGCGCGCACCCAAGACUAUCUUUGGCAGCUCCGCAGCGAAUGGCGUAGCUGCGAGCAAAGCUGCCGGGACGCCCGGAGUUUGUUGGUGCUGCGGAGCAUCGAGUGGUCCUUGCAGCGUUCGGCUGAAGAGCUGGAGAAGGAUUUGCAACAGACCAGCAUGGCGGAUUGGGCAGUGGCGGGGCCACAGCAGAAGAUGCAGGUCGCCGAGCUGGCGCUCAUCGAGAAGCAGGCAGCCUCCUACCAAGAGAAAGCCGCAGAGCAUCUUGAGGAGUUGGAAGUUCUCGAGAUGGACUGCACCAAGUUUGCCACACGGCUAGGCCUCAAGGUGCAGGAAGAGAGCCACGACUUCAACUCUUCGGUCCGAAGGGUGAUGAGCCAAAUGCAAAGAGCCAUGGAGAGGACGAAGUCCGGGUUGGAGUUUUACACCAACGGCGUCCAACUCCUUUGGCAGGACGUGCAAUAUGCCUGGCGAUUAGUGAGUAAGGCCGCUUUCUCCAACUACACCUUGAAGGCUUGGGAAGUGCGAACCAUGCAGCGAACCGUGAAGGAUUUGCUGACCUUGAUUCCCUUCUUGAUCAUCCUGAUCAUCCCGCUGUCGCCUGUGGGUCAUGUCUUGGUUUUCUCCUUCUUUCAGAAGAACUUUCCGGAGUUCUUUCCCUCGUCCUUCACCGAGCAACGGCAGAACGUCACCAAGCUGUACCGCGACAUUGCGCCUGAUGAAGCGGUGGAAGGCGACCGAGAGCCGCGGCAAUAGCAAACCCACGGUCCUAGCCUG